CCGCAGCGGGGACCCACCGCGCCGCCUCCUCCCGCCAGCAGGUCCGGAAAACGCUCCCGCAGCCAUGGCGCUGGUGAAGAGCGGUUGGCUUUGGCGGCAGAGCUCCAUCCUGCGCCGCUGGAAGAGAAACUGGUUCGUCCUCUACCUGGAUGGCAGCUUGGUUUACUACCACGACGAGACGCAGCGCGACAUGGACGGCCGGAUCCACGUCAAAUACAGCUGCCGGGAUGUGAGGACCGGCCGCGAGUGCCGAGACGUGCAGCCGCCCGAGGGGAAGAGCCGUGACUGCCUGCUGACCGUCGUGCUGCGGGACGGCUCCAAGACGACACUGUGCGCCGAGAGCGAGGAUGACGCUGUCGCUUGGAAGAUGGCCGUGCUGGAGGCUAAAUCCACCCCGGUGCACGUCUACGACCCCUACGACGACGACUACUACCAGACGGUGCCCCUCGACUCCCACCAGACCGCCUACAUCAGCUCCGGCCACUACGGCCACCAGUACGGAGCUCCCGGGGUGACCCACGUCAUCGUGCGCGAGGAUCCCUACCGGGUCUCCGGGGACCAGAUGGCUUUGGGGCUGCUGGCGGGGGCCGCCACCGGCGCUGCCCUGGGCUCCUUCAUGUGGAUGCCGUGCUGGUUUUAGCAGCCCCACACUCUCCUCCCACCCUAAGCUGGGCCAGAGCCCCCCGACGCGGCCCCCUUUGCCUCCCCGCCCCGGUUUAACUCACCCCUGGCUUGGCACCCCCCAUGAGCCACCCUCAGCUUCCCGAAAACAGCCUGCUCAGCACCCUACACCCUGGGGACAGAGAUCCAGCCCCAAACCCACCCCGUAUCCUCCUCCCAGCCCUGGCUUUUGCAUUAAAUAACCCCCACCUGCUUCAGAGACCCCCAAAAACCUACCCCAGAACCCCACAGUGCCCGAUUCCCGUCUGCAAAGGGCCUGGGGAGCUGCCGGGGCCGUUGGCGGAGGGAAGGCCGCACUGCCCCAGCCCCAAACCCUGGCUCAAUUCCCCAUCCCAAAUCUCUGCAGGGAGGUGGCUGCGGAAAUACCUGGUUUUAUGGACCGAGGGGGAGCGCGGGUGCAGCUCCAAACAGCUGUUUUGGGGAGAUGGCAGAUUUUUUUGCAGCCCCGGCGUUGAAGCACACGGCACGGCUGCUUUGUAAGGGCUUUUUUUGGGGGAAGGCUCCAGCACCGGAGCCGGAGUGGGUGCUGAGACAAGACGCAACCCCAGGGUGCUCAGGAGACAGGUUAGAUGAAAUAUUAAGGGGGAUGAAAACCUUUGCAGAAUUUUCAGCCCGGCGCCAGUCCCCUGGGCCUGGCCAAGCUGGAGAAAUGGUGUGAAACCCUCUGGGAAUUGGGGUGAACCCCCUGGGAAUUGGGGCGGGAAGAGCCCUGGGAAUAGCACAGCUUCCCCAGCCUGGCAGCAGUCACUGCGGGAGGGACACGCAGCAUCUGGAGUUUCACCCUGAUUUUUGGGAAGGGGAAGAAAUCGCUUGGGGACGAGGGCAGCUCUCCCUGGGGACCAGGGACCCUUUCUGGCAGCCAAGCCGGGAUCAUCGAAGCAGGGAUUUGGGAUUGAGGCAGGGAACACGGUCCCUCUGGAUGGCCCUGAGGCCUGGGGACAAGUGGCAGCUCGCAGUUUUUGCACUGCGUUGGGCAGCACCAGGCAGGCGUCGAGGGACGGGGGAGAGGCGCAGCUGCCGAGCAUCGCCCUUAGAGGCAUGAUUUUAUCCUGGAGACACCGUCGAUAUUAAACAAAUUCAAGAAUUACAAACAAAAAACACAGCUAGAUAUUAAAAAAACCCCAUGACACCAGCGC